CUUGAAUUGAUGCUCGCUCGAAGCUCAAGCCCACUAUGAGUCCAAACAACGCCAGUCCAAAGCUUCUUGAUCAACAGCCGGUCAGAUGGGUUCGCCAGCCGCUUGGUCGUAUUGUUACUGCAGACGGGUUCGAAAUACCCUUCUAUGACCCCUUGCCUGGUUAAGAAUGGAUGACGGACCAUCUUGUGGCGAAAAGAUCCCUGGAACUGCCAGCUGCUAUCACGGCUCCCAGUCAGGCUGAUUCUCUUACGCGCAGCCACGAACAAACCGUCCGGCGCUCCAAUGUGCAGUGCGAAAACUGGUCUGAUGCUCUCAAUCAGGACAAAAGAGGCCUUGACGUUCUGGAUCACUGGGAAAGUGCAAGCAGACUUCCAACAAUACCUGGGACAACCAUGCCAUCAGCAACAACUGGUACGAUCAUCUCGACAUCUGAAAACGAUACUGAGCCUGAUUCCACGAUGUUGAACAAUGCGUUGCAGCGCUUGGCAGACACACCGUCAGCUCCACCCCGGGGAACCCGCAAGCGUACGACCACUGCUUGCUGUUUCUGCAGACAUCGCAAGCUUAGAUCACAGACCUCUCGGUGA